AAAAUUCUAUUUUAAAUAUAGUUUUAAUUUAAAAUUUUAUUUGUGCAUGAAAACACCUAGUGACAAUCAAAAGACAAACAAAAAAAACUUUCAAAAUUUAUAUGGUUUCCAAAUUCAAUAAUUCUAAUUUAUUUAUUUAUUUAUUUAUUUUUUAAUGAAUGUAAACUUUAUUCAUUCAGAAACCUCUAUCGUUGAUUUGCAAAUAAAACUGAAACUCAAAAAUUUAGAACUUCAAAAGCGUGGCGUAGCUUAAGAUAAAUAAACCUUUUCUUUUCUCUCAAUUGCAAAACUCUGAAAGUAACCCUGACGAACAAUGGAAGAGGUAACGGCGUCCUCCGAGAAUGGUGUGUUGACGUUUGAUGGUGGAACACAUAGCCACUGUAUAGCGAAGAGGGAGGACAAAUGUGGAGUGGAGAGCAGGAAGUUUUACUUGGUUUGCAAGACAGCUCUUGAACGCCUAGACCUUCCUCUCUGCUCAAACCCUAUGAAAAAGAUACUUGUGUUGAAUGCCUCUUCACAUCGUACCUGUACCGCCGGUUUGAACAGCGUCAAGGUGUGGGACUUGAUCGGAGGUGGGAAGAUGGUUUGUUUCAUGGAGAGUCACAACAAGACUGUCAUGUCUAUGUGCGUUGGGAGAAUGGGAUUGGAUGAGAAUAGGCUUGUGAUUGUUUCUCUAGACGGUUACAUGAAAGUGUUUGAUUACGGGAGAGCAAAGUUGACUUACUCCAUGAGGUUUCAAGCUCCUCUCCUGUCCGUUGCCCUCUCUCCUGAUUGUUCCAUUCGUGUCAUCAACAGUAUGGUGUUUGCUGGCAAGAAGAAGCUGAGAAAUGAUGCCGAGAAGAAGCAAACUAGUAUGAUGAGCCUUGGGAGUGUCAAUAGCCAAGUGGAGGAGAGUAGGAGAAGCCGUCCAAAGAGGAUUACUUGGUGAAGGAGAGCAAAGGAGUGAAGCUUACAAGACACAACAAGCUGUUGAAGUUCAGGCACAAGGAAACUCUGGUCUCGGUUUUGGAGGAGAAGAAACCUGCCAACGUGUUGGCCGUGAUGGAGGAGUUGGUGGCGAGGAGGAAGAUGGUGAAGUGCGUGUCGAAUAUGGAGGAAGGAGAGUUGGGCUUGCUGCUGAGUUUCCAGAUCUUUGUGAAGACUUUUGAGGGGGAAGACAAUAACCAUCGACGUUGUAUCAGGCUAGGAUGAAUGAGCAAUGGUUGAGCUUCGCAGGAAAGCAACUCCAAGACAGUCUUUGAUUACAAUAUUCAGAACGAGUCCACCCCUUCACUUGCUAUUGCGUCUCCGUGGAGGUGUUUUUGGUGUCAGAAACAACAACCCUACUAUUGGGCUUGACGGCAGAGAUAUGCUAAUUUGGGACUACGAAAAUACCAAAAUCAGAAGCGAUUUGACAGGGCAUUAGUCGUAUUACCAAUGCCCUAGAGAUGAUUGGAAUCAGGGCACCAGAAUUCUAUGUGUUUCCCAGAUGCAAAAGAAUCAAAGCUUGUCAUGAUAGCUUCUUUACCCAGCAUCCUCCUGAUUUUGAGUACCAUAAAGUCUACAAUUCUGAGCAAGAGAUUCCGGUGGAUUUAGUCACACAUAAACUACAAACUCAGAUUGCUGACAUCUCCAUAGAUGAGUGUCUACUCGACCUUUAUGCAAGAAUAAAUCAAACUGGUCUUUUAGGAUUCCGCCCCACCAUUGAUUUACUGAGAGGAAAGGGGAUGCAAGUCUUGUUCAUGAAACCUGGUGACCUUUAUCGUGAUCUUACCGGUUCCAGUUCUGUUCCUUACAGCAUGUCUGUCCACGGUAUUUGACGAACACCCAAAUUGUGGGUACUUGCCUGCUGGGCUGUAUGUUUUUCAUUUCCUUUUUAUUUGAGUAGAAUGACAUCUUUAGAAGAAGAAAAGAGAUCAAAUUACACAAACAAAACUAUCCUGAUCUGAUUUUAAUUUUCCCAUGAAAGUACUUAAAUAUCAAAUAAAUUCGAUCAAGUUCCAAUAGUGACUCUGACAAUCAAGACAAACUGGGAAGUCGGGGAUGAAUGCCGUGUGUGGUGGAGAAACGAGUCCAGUGAAGGCGGUGCUUGGUGGGAAGGAAGGAUCGAGUCUUCACAGGUUAAGUCCCCUAACUUCCCAGACAGUCCAUGGGAGAGAUACAAAGUUGUCUAUGAAACUGGGGACACGAAUCUCCACAGCCCCUGGGAGUUUGACAAUCCCCAGUUUCCUUGGGAAAACUCUACCAUGGACGAAGAGCCAAGAGAGAAACUACUUUCUUUAUUUGCUGGACUAGUGAAGUCAAUCAGCAAGCAUCAGGAUAGUUAUGGAAUCCAAAAGCUAAACGAAGCUGCUCAAAAGAUGGAUUUCUGCAAUGGGUUCCCAGUUCCUUUAUACCCAGAGCUGAUUCACCAGAGAGUAGAGAAUCGGUACUACAGAAGUAUGGGGUCGUUUAAGCACGACGUGGAUGCAAUGCUGUCAAACGCUGAAUCUUAUUUUGGUACAAACUCACAUAUGCGUUCUAAGAUAAAGCGGCUCCGAGAUAAAAUCACAAAAACGUUGAGAAAGGUUUCACAUAGUUGUUGAUGAUGAUAUAGUAUGUUUGUUUUCUAAACUGCUCCUUUUAGGCUGUGGCCAUUUUUUUCUAUAAGAAUUAUAUAUAGCGAAGAAAACGUAAGAGUUGUCACUUUAGGGAACAAAAGAAACGUUGGUUUUCUUUGGGUGGCACAAGGUUUAUGCUAUAGAUCGGGCCGCUUUAGUUCCACGAGACUAACAUGUAUGUAAUAGAAAUGCACUCUUUUGUCACAGGAGUGACAUAACAAGUCUGGUUUUAUUUUGUGCCCAUUAAAAGAAGCGACAUUGUUUUUUUCUUUUGUUAA